ACGCACUCUCCCCUUCUAUAUACAUGACGCGCCGCGCCGCGCCGCUCCACUUCACUCCAGUACAGAGGACCACCCCACCUCCAGUUCACACCCCCUCACAUGCCCAUGGCGCCUCCGCCUUUGCUUCCCCUCUCCGCGCUCCUCCUCCUGCUUGCAGCCGCUUCCAAUGCCUCUGCCAAGCCUGUCCAGACUCAGGCCCUCCUUGCCACCCCUCUCUCGCCCGACCGUGUCUCCGCCCCGUCGGAACUAGCCCGCGACGACGACGACAGCGUCUUCGCCGGUAACCUUGCUUCUGCAGAGGACGCCCCCGCUUCCACAGUUCGUUUCCGCUUGGUCCACCGGGAUGACUUCUCCGUGAACGCCACCGCGGCCGAGCUGCUUGCGUACCGGCUAGAGCGGGAUGCGAAGAGGGCGGCGCGGCUCUCGGCCGCCGCUGGCCCGGCCAACGGGACACGUCGCGGUGGCGGAGGGGUCGUGGCGCCGGUGGUGUCUGGGUUGGCCCAGGGGAGCGGAGAGUACUUCACCAAGAUCGGGGUGGGGACGCCCGCCACGCCGGCGCUCAUGGUGCUCGACACCGGAAGCGACGUUGUGUGGCUGCAGUGCGCGCCGUGCAGGCGCUGCUACGAGCAGUCUGGCCAGGUGUUCGACCCGCGCCGCUCGCGCUCCUACAACGCGGUCGGCUGCGCCGCGCCGCUUUGCCGCAGGCUCGACUCUGGCGGCUGUGACCUGCGCCGCAGUGCGUGCCUCUACCAGGUAGCUUACGGCGAUGGCUCCGUCACCGCCGGGGAUUUCGCCACCGAGACCCUCACUUUCGCUGGCGGUGCCCGCGUGGCGCGCGUCGCUCUGGGGUGCGGCCACGACAACGAGGGUUUGUUCGUCGCGGCGGCGGGCCUCCUCGGGCUCGGCCGAGGCAGUCUAUCCUUCCCCACCCAGAUCUCCCGCCGCUAUGGGCGGAGCUUCUCCUACUGCCUUGUGGACCGUACCUCGUCGGCCAACACCGCCUCCCGUUCUUCGACCGUGACCUUCGGCUCCGGCGCCGUAGGCUCCACGGUCGCCUCGUCCUUCACCCCGAUGGUCAAGAACCCUCGGAUGGAGACGUUCUACUACGUGCAGCUCAUCGGCAUCAGCGUGGGCGGCGCGCGCGUCCCUGGCGUGGCCAAUUCCGACCUCCGUCUUGACCCGUCGUCGGGGCGUGGGGGCGUCAUCGUGGACUCAGGGACGUCCGUUACCCGCCUCGCCCGGCCGGCCUACUCGGCUCUGCGCGACGCAUUCCGCGGCGCCGCCGCUGGGCUCCGCCUGUCUCCCGGCGGCUUCUCCCUGUUCGACACGUGCUACGACCUGAGCGGGCGCAAGGUGGUGAAGGUGCCGACCGUGUCGAUGCACUUCGCCGGUGGCGCGGAGGCGGCUCUGCCGCCGGAGAACUACCUGAUCCCGGUGGACUCGAAAGGGACGUUUUGCUUCGCGUUUGCGGGCACGGACGGCGGCGUGUCCAUCAUCGGCAACAUACAGCAGCAGGGCUUCCGGGUGGUGUUCGACGGCGACGGCCAGCGCGUCGCCUUCACGCCCAAGGGUUGUUAAGAUAUGAUGAGUAACGUCGCUUAAUUAGCGGAUGAAAGUACUACGUACGGUAUGUCAGUCAUAAUUUAAUCAUGAGGGUUUUAGUUAAAGGUGAUGAGUGAGAGCUUUGGAUGCUGUGAAAGCGGAGACUUGUCGGGAAGGGUGUGAGGAUAAGGCGGUUUGUUUGUUCAAUGCUGCCUGUAAAAGUGUUGCCUAAAAAACAGGCUAUCUCCCCUUUUCUACUGUACUCCAGAUAGGAUGUAUUUCUCAUCCAUUUUACCAUACCCCAGAAGUAAUCUUUUUUA